AAAGUCUACUGUGUUUACUGUGUAACUGUCAUUUUUCCAAUGCAACAUGUUCACCCAUAAAACCAAAAAAAGCAACAGCCUGGCCACCAACACCCAGCAAAAAUUCAAAGCCGAGCUAAUGGCAAACGGUCAGUUGUUUGUCAAUCGCAGUUUUGAAACUGCCUCUGGAUUGCUGCGAAAAACUGGAAGUCAACUGAAGCAAACCAAAUUGAGCCUUUGCCAAAAAGACAACAAGCUUAUAUUUUCCGGAUUUGUUGAAGAACCACUGAAAGUUAAGCCCAAGCACGAGUUUGUCUACAUGCCAGCUCCGAAAGGGCUCAAUAAAACUUUUGGCCGUGCCCAAAACGGCGCACAUCCAAUGCCUAAAGUUGAGCCGUCGGCAGCGUUGCCAACUUCACCAAUGUCCAAGCCGGGUCGCAAUUUAUUGAGCUUAAUUGGACGUGUGGACUUUUGCAUUAAAAUGCACCGGCAGCAGCCGCAUUUGAAUGCACUUUGGAGUGUCUAUGGUAAGCUUUUGCGCGUUAUUGAGGGCAAGCGCGGCGACCGAACACUGCUGCUGCGCAACGAGGGUAAGGGCCCAAUAUUGCAGGCCAUUUUCUAUGAUUUUGAAGAUGAACUAAAAUACUUGACAAUUGGCUGUUAUGUGCAUGUUGUGGGCCGUUUCAUAGGCGAGAACCGUUUGAAUACCUUCAGCGUUUCGCAGCUGUAAAUUAUGAUGCGUUUGUUGUCAGCAAGAAAAAUUUCAACAGCGCACUUUUUGUGCGGAAUGGCACGCC